GUGGCCGGUCUUCCGUGAUACCCAUUAGAAUCUUCCACACCAUAUAUUACAUCAACUAUCGUGUCAUAUAUUUGAAAUAAUUUAUCAUUCAAUUCAAUGUGAAUAGAAUUAUACCUUUCCUUGAGUGUUACAUCGCGUGUGUAAAGCAUUAUUUACAUUUGGUCGCUUAUUCUUAAAUGAAUUUUAAAUCACAGUUCGCCAAUGUACCGAGCUCGAAAUAGCUUAAGUUCACAGGUAUCCGGUUUUUUCCAAUAAACUAGUUUUAAUGGACUGAAAAAUUACCAAGUACAAAAAUUAAGGAUUUGCUUUGCAAUUGGAAACGCCUUCCAAAGGCGUUACAACGAUCACAAAAUUCCAUUUUGCAACAAAAUGACCGCAGAGAGUAGUAUGCAGGAUAGUCAACCAAAUUGGUCGCAGGAUAUGCCGACGGUGCAGGAAGUCAAUCUAAUGAUGCGAAGUUUCGGCAUAUGGGAUUACAUGGUUUUCGUAUUCAUGCUGGUUGCUUGCGGUUGCGUUGGCAUUUACUUCGGAUUUAUUAAAAAGUCAUCAGGAACAGACGAGUACCUCAUGGGUGGUAGAAACAUGAAGAUACUCCCCGUCAGUUUGAGCCUCGUAGCCAGUUUUGUGUCGGGUAUUUCAUUGCUGGGUAUACCGACGGAAGUUUACGUACACGGUGUUAGUUACCUCUGUAUCUCUAUCGGAGUCAUCUUUGUUGGUUUUGUAACAUCGGUAAUCUAUUUACCGAUUUUUCACAAGCUUAGACUGACAAGCACCUACGAAUAUCUCGAGAAACGUUUCGACAAGAAGAUCAGGACAUUAGGAUCGGUGCUUUUCUUGAUCAGCAUCAUGACAUGGCUUCCUAUUGUUAUUUACGUGCCAGCGUUGGCCUUUAAUCAAGUCACGGGGGUGAACGUACACAUAGUUACUCCGUUUGUCUGUAUCGUGUGCAUUUUUUACACUUGCGUGGGUGGUUUACGAGCAGUGGUAUGGACCGAUUUCAUUCAAACUUUCGUAAUGUUUGGUUCCAUGAUACUAGUCGUUGUUAAGGGAACAUCCGACGUAGGCGGAUUGCCGUUGGUAAUACGGAGAAAUUUGGAGUCUGGCAGACUUGAAUUACCCACGACAGAUUGGAGUCCUCUUACGAGGCAUACGGUCUGGUCUCUCGUUAUUGGUGGCUUCUUUUUUUGGCUGCAAGUAGCCGUUCUGAAUCAAAACAUGAUACAGAGGUAUCUUGCGCUACCCACGUUAAAAUCAGCUAAAAGAGCGCUCUGGAUUUUUAUCGUCGGAGUUUUGAUUUUAAUAGGAAUGUGCGGAUACGCGGGAAUGUUAAUAUAUGCUUGGUACCACGUAUGCGAUCCACUUACGACAAAGUUGGUUGUCGCGAAGGAUCAAUUGCUACCAUUACUCGUGAUGAACAUAUUACACGAAUUUCCGGGUCUUCCGGGUCUUUUCGUUGCUGGAGUAUUUAGUGCAACAUUGAGCUCUUUAUCUACUGGUUUGAAUUCCAUGGCUGCUGUGAUAUUGGAGGACUUCAUUAAACCGUUUAAGAAAACGCCAUUCUCUCCGAAAGCCGUGGAUAUUCUAUUAAAACUCAUGGUAGUUACUCUCGGGGUAACCUGCGUGGGACUUGUAUUUGUCGUUGAAAAGACAGGGUCUCACGUAUUACAGUUAUCUACGAACUUGUCCUCGAUUACUAGCGGGCCGUCUCUUGGAAUUUUCAGCAUGGGUGUUCUGUUGCCCUGGGUAAAUGCCAAGGGUGCUCUGAUAGGUGGUCUCGCUGGUUUGGGUUUUAUGGGAUGGAUUAGCCUUUCGGCAGAAGCAGCGAUCGCUAAUGGAAGAAUAAAAUUUGACGAGAAACCUGUCAGCACGGAAGGAUGCUAUUAUUCGUUCCCUCAAGUAGAGAACCUAAUGCUACUCGAACCUCCGGACACGAUUUUGGAUAAUGACGAUUUUCUCCCGGAACCUCUCGCGUUAUACCGUAUUAGUUAUCUUUGGUAUACCGUGGUUGGUGCAUUAGUGACGAUGACCAUCGGCCUGGUUGUGAGCCUCAUCUCGUCCGAAAAUAUUGAAAAAUUGGAUCCAAUGUUACUGGCCCCGUUUAUAAGAAGAUUGAUAAAACCAUCGAACAAAGAGCCUCAACAGGAGGUUGGAAAUUUGGACAUACACAGUUUGGAAGUACGUAGAAUGGGGGAAGAGAAUACAGCUGAAAGCGUAUUACAUUAGUAUGACCUUGACUUGAUGAUCAUGAUCAAUGUUGGUCGAAUCAGGGGUCAGCAAACUGUACGAGAUGAAGUGUUUGGUUGACAGGCUGAAAUAUCGAAUUAAGAGGGUUGAGUCUAAAAUAAGUUAGAUCAAUGGAGAAAAUAAAGUACAAAAUGACUCGAAUUAGAGUUUGGAUGAGUCGGAACACCGAGGCAAGAGAGAAGGACUUAUCCAUAUAACUCGUAGUGACACGAAAGUGCUAAAAGUUGUUUAAGUAUGAAGCAUGAAUAAAUCUUCAAUACAU